GAAGCGGCGGACGCCGGGCAGCGAGCGAGGGAUCGAGGGCGCGAGGCAGCGAGAGCGAGGAGCGGCGAGGCGCCUGCGCGGUGUCCGGGCCGCUGAGCCCGCGGCGCUGAGCCAGCCGGGACGGACAUGCGCGGGAGGGCGCCGUGGGGCAGCCGCCGCUCCUCCGGGGGAAUGCAAGCUACUGGUUGACUUAAAAAUCUCUGGGCUUCACAAGUUUGGAGACAUCCCAGAAUAAGGCACAAUGUCAACAGCAGGAGUUGCUGCUCAGGAGAUUAGAGUCCCAUUAAAAACUGGAUUUCUGCGUAAUGGCCAAGCCAUGGGGAGUAUGAAGACCUGCUGGGGCAGUCGCAGUGAGUUUAAAAAUAACUUUUUAAAUAUUGAUCCAAUAACUAUGGCCUACAGUCUGAACUCUACUGCUCAGGAGCACGUAACAUCUAUUGGGCACACUUCAAAAUCUGCUCCAAUGAAUGGCCACUACUUUGCAGAAAAUGGUCCAUCUCAAAAGUCCAGCUUGCCCCCUCUUAUUAUUCCCCCAAGUGAAAACUUGGGACGUGAAGAGGAUCAGGUUGUAUGUGGUUUUAAGAAGCUCUCAGUGAAUGGAGUUCGCACUUCUACUCCUCCACUCACACCCGUAAAAAACUCUCCUUCUCUUUUCCCCUGCGCAACUCUUUGUGAACGGGGUUCUAGGCCCCUUCCACCACUGCCGAUCUCCGAAGGCCUCUCUGUGGAUGAGACAGACUGUGAGGUUGAAUUCCUAACUAGCUCAGAUACAGACUUCCUUUUAGAAGACUGUACACUUUCUGAUUUCAAAUAUGAUGUUCCUGGCAGGCGCAGCUUCCGUGGGUGUGGACAGAUCAACUAUGCAUAUUUUGAUACCCCAACUGUUUCUGCAGCAGAUCUCAGCUAUGCAUCUGACCAAAACGGAGGUGUCCCAAAUCUAAAUCCUCCUCCACCUCAAACCCACCGAAGAUUAAGAAGGUCUCAUUCAGGUCCAGCUGGAUCCUUUAACAAGCCAGCCAUAAGGAUAUCCAGCUGUAUACACAGAGCUUCUCCUAACUCCGAUGAAGACAAACCUGAGGUUCCCCCCAGGGUUCCCAUACCUCCUAGGCCAGUAAAGCCAGAUUAUAGAAGGUGGUCAGCAGAAGUUACUUCUAGCACCUAUAGUGAUGAAGACAGGCCUCCCAAAGUACCACCAAGAGAACCUUUAUCACGGAGUAACUCCCGCACGCCAAGUCCUAAAAGCCUUCCGUCUUACCUCAAUGGGGUCAUGCCCCCAACACAGAGCUUCGCCCCUGAUCCCAAGUAUGUCAGCAGCAAAGCUCUGCAAAGACAGAACAGCGAAGGGUCUGCCAAUAAGGUUCCUUGCAUUCUGCCCAUUAUUGAAAAUGGGAAGAAGGUUAGUUCGACACAUUAUUACCUACUACCUGAGAGACCACCGUACCUGGACAAAUAUGAAAAAUUUUUUAGGGAAGCAGAAGAAACACACGUGAGCACCCAAAUCCAGCCAUUACCUGCUGACUGCAAUAUGGUUGCAGCCACAGAAAAGCUGGACUCAAAAGCAAAAAUGGAUCUGGGAGGCCAUGUGAAGCGUAAACAUUUAUCUUAUGUGGUUUCUCCUUAGACUUUGGGGUCAUGGUUCAGCAGAGGUUACAUAGGAGCAAAUGGUUCUCAAUUCUCGAGUUUGGUUGAGAUUCACAGAAAAAUCAGAUUGCAAAUAGUUGGACUCUGUCUUAAUGACAAAGGAUUGGAGCAGUUAUGAGGUGCUGUAUGCUGAGAAUCCCUGAUUUUGUUAGUGUUGGAGAAAAGUCUGUUCAAGUCUAUAAUUUAAAGAUGUGAUGGUGGGGAGGGGAGGAUGGGGAAACUUUUAUAUAUGCAUACAUUAUAUACCUAUAUAUAAACUUGUGGUAUAACCAUAGACCAUAGUUGCAGGUUAACCGAUUAGCUACUAUCUUAGAGUAAUAUAUAUUCAGAAUAAUAAAAACUCAAGUUGGAGAAGUGAGUCCUGAUAGACUGAAAAUUGAGCAAAUGGAAGAAAAUACAGUAUUGCUUAGAUGAGAAUCACAAAAAAUUAUUUUCAUUUGGUAAGUUUGAAGAUUUCUGGCUUUUAGGCCGUUCUAUUUUGUUUCAUUUAUUUUUGCAAGCAGUCUUCUCCAUUGAGCGCACGGUAUACGUUCUUUACCAUAACGGUACCUGCCUGGUUUAAAAAUCAUCCCAAGCCCUAAUACUUCCAGGUUUUGUUUUUUGUCUUACGGGGGGAGGGAUAGCAGUUUACUUGGCCACCAUAUACAUAUACAUGUCUCACGUCUUGAAAAUGAAAAGAUAAUGGAAUUUGUGAAUAAUUUUUCCUUACAAUUCCUGCUUAAUUCCACCCACUCAAACGGCCCAUUGUAGUAUUGGUCUCGCAGAGACAGUGGGAUAUGGUAGAUGAAUUGGAAAAGCAUUCUAGUCGCCAGUGUUUAGGAUAUCAGCUUUACAAAAUGAUGAAGCAGUUAGCUAUGUGAUUGAGACUUAUUGUGUGGAGUUGUGUGUUUUUUGUUUUUGUUUUUUUAGACUGUAUUAAUAAACAGAUACAACACAA